AUGUUAAAUGACGUAUAUAUAGAGGGCAAUGUAGGGUGGUUUCAGCACAUACAUAAAUCCGGAACAAAGAUGUUGUCUGCAAUUUUGGUGGUGCUGGCUUGUUCACACUUGGUAGAAUCCGAAGAGGUCAGUUGGAGAGUGUUACGGCCCUUGAGUGGUAGUGAUUUUAACAUAAAAUCAGCAAAGAAAACCCUAACCGGAGACUGCUUUAGAUUCACUGCAAAAAUUCAAGCUCCCCUAGAUACCAAAAAAUACAACAAAUAUUCCAAAUGGACUGUGGAGUCAGAGGAGCGUUCUCAAAACCCAGUAUACCAGCUGGUAAUCGACAAACCGGAUAUAUAUUGUAAAACUGUCGGAGAAAAAUUAGUAUCUGGCUCAGAGUCCAUCAGCAUUAUGUGGUUAUUCCCAACUGAAAAAACCGAGCAAGAUUCAUUUCCAUUCAAUAAUUGCAAAGUACGGAUUCUUGCAAACGAAACCGACAAUCAACUUUCCUUCAAAGCUACGAUGAAAGAUUGCUAUCAUAAUGGUAACUUUGCAUUCUGGCCCAAUCUUGCAAGGGGAUCAAAUUUGAUAAGUUUUACAGAAGAGAAAAAUUACUACAAACAAAAAGAUAGACAAAUUGAAACAGAUGGAGCAAUAUCAAUAUCUUGUAAUUUUGAUAAAGGUGCGAUGAAAAGCAAUAACGUCGACUUUAAAAACCUGUCUUUCCGAGUUUAUCUUAUUCAAAAAGAUUGGGAAGUUCUGGAUGUUACAUGGGUGUUCAACCUUUUGGCUUUGUUAAAACCGACUUCAGUUGAAGCAGAACAAUAAUGCAAAACCGUUGGACAAAACCUGAGCACAAGUUAUAUUUCGUCUUAUUUUCAUUAUUUUUAAAAAUAAAUAAGUCUGCAUCGUG